CCGGAAGUAGUAACCAUAGUAGCAGUACUGACUGCUCUGGACAGACGGCAGUGUGGAGUGUUGAUGUGCGUUUUGUUUUUCAGGUCUGGAGGUAAAUAUGAUCACAUGGCGUUAAAAAGCUCGGGAACGACGUGUGCUGUUCGGGGUUGCACGUAUAACCAGACGAAGCUGAAUCUGUGGCUCAGAGAGCAGUGUUUUAUUCACAAACCCAAAGUUCGCUCUGAAUGUACCUGCGAGAGAAGAUACAGAUUUCACCGACUUCCGAAAGAAGACGAAGCGAAACGACACUGGCUCCAAAACCUGAAUUUAAAAAAGCCUCCUAAAACGCUGUACGUCUGCUCUUUUCACUUUGUGGAUCAACAACCAACCAAGAACAACCCCUAUCCCACUCUUUACCUCGGCUAUGAGAAACCUCCAGACAACAACCCGCGGGUCUUCAGGGUGGAGGACACUUCCAGCUCUCCAGAUUCUGGAUCUUUUAGACAGUUUGUAAUGGAGGCAGCAGAGGUGCUGCCGAGGCCUUCAGGAAAACCUCUACACACUCCUGCUCACUCACAGGUGUCUGAGGACAUGAGAACAAACCAUCGCAAACCUAUUAAAAAGGAAGACAAUACAGAUAAAGGCCACCUCUGUGGAACAGCGAGCACUGAGGGACACGUCACACCUGCACAUGGAAAGAAACCUGUAAUAAAGGAAGAACCUGACGAUGAAGAUUACCUCUGUGAAGGAACAUCAAACGCUGUGUUGCCCAGUCGCUCUUUGGACGACCAGAAUGAAAAAUAUAAAAUCAUGCUUGUGAAAGAGGAAGAGUCCGACGAGGAAGGUGGCAUGUGUACAACAACAGUUUGUGAAAUGGAUGACGUACAGGUCGUCUCCUGCUUCUGGUGUUCUUUGUCCUACACUUCUCAAACCGACCUCGAAAGCCACAUUAGGAGAGCCCAUAAUGACGAAUAUGAGAAAGUGGUGAUCUCCGGAGAGAUUCAGAACCUAAUAUUUACUCCAGAAAUACCUUCUGACUCCUUCCCAACCAAAGUUUAUUGCUGCGUGCAGUGUGGGAAUAGGUUUACCAACAAGAGCAACCUGAAAGCGCACGAGCGCACCCACACAGGAGAGAAACCGUAUCAGUGUUCACAGUGCGGCAAGAACUUCACGCGCCAGAGCUCUCUCCAGCAGCACCAGGUGGUUCAUACGGGCGAGAAGCCACAUCGCUGCUUGGAGUGCGGUAAGACUUUUACUCGCCAGAGCUCUCUCCAGCAGCACCGGCGCAUUCACACCGGGGAGAAACCGCAUCACUGUGAGGAGUGCGGCAAACGCUUUCCUCGCCAGAGCGACCUCCACAAGCACCAGCGCAUCCACACAGGGGAGAAGCCGUAUCAGUGCUCACAGUGUGGCAAGAGUUUUAGCCAAAAGGGUAACCUUCAGACUCACCAACAAAUCCAUACAGAAGAGAAGCCGUAUCAGUGCUCACAGUGCGGCAAGAGCUUUGCCUGGCAGAGUACGUUCCAUACGCACCAGCGCAUUCAUGCAAGAAAAGCCAUGUCAGGUGUCACAGUGUGAGAAGAGUCUUACCUGCCCGAGAGAUCUCGUUUAAUACAGAUUCAUGGUUUCACGUGUGAUCAUAAUAUUCUCAAUAUUAACAUCAUGAGAUUUUUCAGCUCUUCAGGACACAACAUGCUGUGGCUUUUUAAUUUAUAUUUGAUUUGUUUUUUCACCCUUGAGAUUGAAUUGGAUCUGUAAAUCGAUCAGCGCAAAACGGAUUUUAUCUCUGUAGAACAUUUAACAUUAGAACUUGUCCCAAAGCUUCUUUACAGAAAACUUUCACUAGUAAUUCAUGCUGCUUGAAUAAACCGGGCAGCUAAACUCUGUCUUCAUAUCUUC